UUAAAAUGGCGUCAAAGUCUGACUUCCUUGUUUCACGGUUCAGAGAAACUUUAUCAACCAAAUAAUUGGGAUGGCGUGUGGUUAAAGCAUCAGUUUUAAAGGUUUUUAUUUGUGUCUGUGUAUCUGGUGUUUACAAUUGAUACCGUGGCACGUGAUAAUAACAUGCCAUAUCAAGACAAACAAGGAAGAACCUGUGGAUUUCUGAACAUCCUUGAGAAGGAAUCCUCCACCAACUCAAAGCGACGAUAUUUCAUACUCGACCCCUGUGAGGAGACGCUUAAGUUCUACAUUGAUAACCCUAAUAACUUGCCCUCAAAUCAACAGAAUCCUUGCGAUGAAAUCAGAACAGCCGUUAUUUCAAAGGUUAGUGAAGUCUCAAAGAAACAGAAGCCAAAGCUGAAUUCCUGCUUUGUUAUAAACCAUGCAGGGAAAACACUGUAUUUACAGGCAGAGAGCACAGAGGACAUGCAGGGAUGGAUAUUUGCAUUAAAUAAUAUCAGUAAAAUAACUGUUCCAGUGGAGGAAUCAAAGAAUUUAAAUGACCCAGAAGCUGGUUAUAAAACAGAGAUUGCUGGAGGGGUACCAAUCAAAAUACCCAUCAGGCAUGAGAAUGCUAACGAAUCAGGAGGGUCAAGUGAGAGUGAAGAAAGUAUGGAGACUCACAAGAUUGUGGCCUCUUCCCAGCCAGCGCUCAAAAAAGGCUUCUGUGUCAAACAGGGGGGCGUGAGGAAAAACUGGAAGAGGAGAUAUUUUGUUGUGAACGAUGGUGGCCUGGCCUAUUACAACAAUGAACAGUCAGAUGAACCUUUAAGGCAUAUAUCCAGAGGUGACAUCACAGAUGUCAGAAAGGCCACGACGUCUCCAGGAGCCAGGGAUAAUUUAUUUGAAGUUCAUACUUCUAAAAGGACAUUCUUCAUACAGUGUGAUACCCCAGAAGAUGUACAGGAAUGGAUAUCAGCAAUAGAAAAACUUAUAAAUAACCAGGCAUCGCAGAGAAAAAGUGGAGGUGACCUUGACCCUGGUGAAGUUGACCUCUCCGUGACCAAAGUCUUCCCCCAGAACAAAUGGGAUGAUCGAUUAAGUAAGUCAAUGUUUGUCAAGAAAACAGGCCCUGUAAACACAGACAGACAGGCAGGUGCAUCAGCCCCAUAUGCCCCAUAUGUCAUGCACAGUCAAAGUAUGAGGGGACCAAGAAUGGGGGUGUACUUCCCUCAGAAGCCGCGACAGCCAGGCACUACCCCCAGUGGGGAACUACCAAGCAGAGCUACCCUUCCUGGAGAUGUCAAACCAAGGAAAGGGGAAAAACCUGAACCCAAAGCAAAACCUCCUCUCACAAAACAACGAAGCUGGUUUCUGUGGUAGAGGCUGAAAAAGUGUAACCAACACAAGCUCAUUAGUCCCCUCUUUCGUUAAGAUCUGUUUUGUUCAUUUAGAUAUUGAUCAAAUUAUAUUUGCCUUUCUUUACUAAGUGAGUACAUUACGUAUUUUUAAAGUAAAUCAGGUAACAAGGAUAACGUAAAUUAUUUCCUUUGGGAAUAUUUCUUGAGAGCACUAUGCCCAGUCUUCCAUGCAACAGGUUUAACCUGACCUUUUUUGUUGUUGUCCAUAUAUUGAUGUCGUGGUUCAGUUUGGUCUGCUGUAGAUCUAGGCUUUGACAUUCCGAGUCAAGUAAAAUAGUGUUAAUGUAAACCCAGCCUUCUGACUUUCUGAAAACUUAAACCCAACUUUAUCACAUAGUAAAAUAUCCCCAGUCUUGUGACAGUAUUACGUAAAUCUAUUAUGUCUUCUGAAACUCGAGGCAACUUUAAACUAUAGCUUUAUAACACUGUGUAAACCUAGUUAUUAGAUAAGGCCAGUUAACCUAGUUACUGACAAUAGUCUGCUGACAUAAACGUGACAUUGUGACAAUCAAUUUUUCGAAACCCUGUUCUGCUAGAUUACAGAGUAUUAUUUACCUGGUCUUCCAAAUAUCAGAGUAAUGUAAACCUAGUCUACUGACAGUUAAGUGUAACGUAAGCCUACUUUCCUAACUGACAUUGUUACGUUAAUCUACUCUGUUGACUAUCAGACAGACUGACAGAGUAACGUAACCUAGUCUUCUGACAGAGUAACGUAAACCUAGUCUUCUGACUGACAGAGUAACAUAACCUAGUCUUCUGACAGAGUAACGUAAACCUACUCUUCUGACUGAAAGAGUAACGCAAACCUAGUCUUCUGACUGACAGCGUAACGUAAACGUAGUCUUAUGACUGACAGAGUAACGUAAACCUAGUCUUCUGACUGACAGAGUAACUUAACCGUCUUCUGACGGACAGAGUAACGUAACCUAGUCCUCUGACAGACAGAGUAACGCAAACCUGGUCUUCUGACUGACAGAGUAACGUAACCUAGUCUUCUAACUGAUAGAGUUACAUAAAUCUAGUCUUCUGACUGACAGAGUAACGUAAACCUAGUCUUCUGACUGACAGAGUUACGUAAACUUAGUCUCCCAACUGACAGAGUAACGUAAACCUAGCCUUCUGACUGACAGAGUAACGUAAAUCUAUUCCUUUGACUGACAAAGUAACGUAAACCUAGUCUUCUAACUGACAAAGUAACGUAAACCUAGUCUUCUGACUGACAGAGUAACGUAAACCUAGCCUUCUGACUCACAGAGUAACGUAAACCUAGCCUUCUGACUCACAGAGUAACGUAUAUUUAGACUUCUGACUGACAAAGUAACGUAAACCUAGUCUUCUGACUGACAGGGUAACGUAAACCUAGUCUUUUGACUGACAAUGUAACGUAAACCUAGUCUUCUGACUGACAGAUUAACGUAAACCUUGCCUUCUGACUGACAGAGUAACGUACAUUUAGACUUCUUACUGACAGAGUAACGUAAACCUGGUCUUCUGACUGACAAAGUAACGUAAACCUAGUCUUUUGACUGACAAAGUAACGUAAACCUAGUCUUUUGACUGACAAAGUAACGUGAACCUGGUCUUCUGACUGACAGAGUAACGUAAACUAGUCUUCUGACUGACA